CAAAGCGUUCGGUAAAACAACUCUCCAGGCUUACUACUAGUAGUAGUAUCUUUUGGCAAGGAAACGGAGACUUGCCUAGUAGCACUAGCAGUUAUAAUUUUUCUGUAGCAAUUUUAGAUGUCUGGCACGGACGCUGGAUAUUUGAUAAGUCUCUUAAUAGUCUAAUUCAAUUCGAUCAAUUUGCUGGAUUUUAUACUCGUGAGGCGGCUGGUAGGGAGGUGCAAGGAGAAGCUCUUGCUGUUGGCCACAGCUUCUACACUCAGUCUCUGCCCUUAAAGUGCAUAAAAGAUUGCUCGUCAAACAGGAUGUAGAAUGGAAGGAUUUCAUCGUGUGUGGUGAUCCACAGGUUAUUCAGGAGUUUGGAACGAGGUUAUUAAUCAUUUCCUCGGACUACCUAUGGAAUUCCGUCAAUUAGUCUCAGCGCUCAGCAAUGAGUGGUUCUUCGAUAUGGAUAUUGAGGAGUUGCACCGGAUAUUAAACAGAUACGCACUGGUAUUGCCACUGCCAGAUAUUGGAGACAACAGCACUUAUUCCAUCGUCAAGGGCCUGAGGGAUUAUGUUAAAUUGAGAGCAAGACUUGAUCAAGAUAUAAGUUACCUAACUGAAGACCUUCUACAGAAGCUAAUGUUCUCAAAGAAUCUACUUCACAUUGCCACAAUGCAAGGUGUUGACAGGAUGCAACUGAUAGAUCUCUUGACUCAUUAUACAUUGCUGGCCGUAAAUGCAGAAUGCCUGAGAAAAAUUUAUUGGUCUGUUUAUAUUGAUGGAAUGGUGUUCAAUAACACCCAAAUUAGAAUUUCUAAACUGCAACGCAAGCUUGAGCUUGUUGAUCCCCAAUUUCAUGCAACUUCUGCACGCAUCAUGAAAACUUUGCUGAAAGCUACAAAAGUACUAUCAAGGUCACCACUCACUUAUGCUAUGAAUGCUUUGCUGAAAGCUUCAAAAGUAAUAUCAAGGUCACCACCCACUUUUGUUAUGAAUGCUCUGCAGAAAGCUUCAAAAGUACCAUCAAGGUCACCACUCAAUUUUUCGCUGGAGAUGAACAAGUAUAUAGUGGAGGAAUUUGUUGAUUCUCUCCUUGCUGCUCUUAGACAGAUACUAGAACGUCAUGCCACUUUUACGGUCCCUGUGCGGGAUCAUAUGCUGAAACUCUACGAGGGAGUCAAGUCAAUCAGUAUCCUUCUCCAUGUGAAGCAAGAGAAUUUAUAUGCGCUACCUGACAAAAUGAAGGAUCAUAUUGGCGUUGUGAUCAUUGAUUUAGGAAUUGUAAUUUGCUCCUUUUCAGUGAAUGAAAUAAAACAUGGCUUGGCAGAGGGAACAAAUCGUGCAAUUUCUCAUUUGGUGAAAGAGCUCCAAAUUGUGAUUCAAGAAGUUGCACAAACUCAUCCACCACCAUCAUCAUCACUAAGUUUCCCUAGGACCAACGAGCUAGGCUCGCUUGAUUUCUUCUUAGAGAAUCUCCGAGAACUAGCAACUUCUGAGGCUGGUUCAAUUGCUUUCCCAGUGGAUCAAAUCCAAGGAAUCCAAGAAGAUAUUAUAUUUCUAAGAUCUCUCCUAAGGAAAAUUGUGAAGCAGCGCAACCAGCAUGGAAAAAUCCAAGCUCUUUGGGACCGUGCUAUGGAGGUGGCCUACAAGGCAGAGUUAAUCAUCGACUCUAUUGCGCUUGGGGAUAGACUUGAAUGUUUAGAUACCGUAGCUGGAGAUAUCAAGCAUAUGAAGAUUGAGGCCCUUAAAAUCACUGAUAGCAUUAAGAAUGAUGAUGAAGUUCAGAGAAUUGCCAGCAACUCUAUUCACUUCAAAUCACAAUUCAUUACCCCAACACUGAAUGAAGUUCUGGUGGGUCUUGAUGAAGCGGUAAAGACAAUUACAGAUAAACUUACUAGGGGUUCAAAGCAGCUGGAUAUUGUUUCAAUUGUGGGUAUGGCUGGACUUGGUAAGACAACAUUAGCAAACGCAGUUUACCAUCACAGUUCAAUUUUAGGCCACUUCCAUAUUCGUGCUUGGUGUACUGUUUCCCAAGUAUAUUGCAAGCACAAUUUGUUAGUUCAGAUUUUGUCUAGUAUUGGUGGUAGAAGUCCUGACCAAUGUCUGGAGGAGGAUGAAGAUGAUUUGGCUGAAGAGCUAAAGAAGAUUUUGUUGAGAAAUAUAUAUCUCAUUGUUAUGGAUGAUGUGUGGGACAUUGAUGCAUGGAAUUUGCUGAAAACUUCACUACCAGAUAAUGCCAAUGGAAGUAGGAUUCUCUUCACCAGCAGGCUUCAGAAUUUGUCUUGGCAAUUUAAACCUAAUAGUGAGCCAUAUCAUCUCCGCCAACUUACCGAUGUAGAGUGUUUUGAGUUGCUUCAUAGGAAGAUAUUUGGCAAAGGAGAUUGUCCUCCAGCAAUAAUCAAAGUUUUAAUGCAAGUCGCAAAUAAGUGCAAGGGUCUACCUCACACAGUUCUCAUUUUUGCUGGAAUUCUUUCAAGAAUUGAGCCUGAUUGCUGGCAAGAAUUUGUGAACAGCCUCAGUUCCGGCACUUCUAAUAACACUGGACCAUUGGAGCUGAGUUACAUCCAUUUACCCGAAAAUUUGAAACCAUGCCUUCUUUACUUCGGCACAUUCCGAGAAGACCAAGAUAUUCCUAUCCGAAGGUUGUCAUGGCUUUGGAUUUCUGAAGGAUUUAUCCAAAAGACAGAAGGGAAGAGUUUAGAGGAUGUGGCAGAAGGCUUCUUGAAGGAUUUGAUUGGUAGAAGUUUAGUCAUGGUUACCAAACAAAGCAGUCUAGCUGGUGCCAAAACUUGCCGACUUCAUGAUUUGGUGCAUGAGUUUUGUGUGGCAAAGGCCAAAGAAGAAAGUUUUCUACAGAUUUUACCUGGAGGUAAUGACUUCUCUACUUUUACUGGACCGUGCCCCCACCGACUGUGCGUAUAUUUGACAAAGUCACAGGAGCUUAAGAAAUCAAGGGUAGUUUUUCCCGAAUUGCGCAGUUUGCUCUUCUUUCGCUCUGCUUCUUGGAGUUUAAAAGAGCCGCGUGAAGGGUCCGAUUUGUUUCCUAAAUCAAAACUUCUUAGAGUUUUAGAUUUUGGGGACAUAUAUUUUGAUGGCAAUUUUCCAAUGGAAUUAUUAUUGCUUGUUCACUUAAGAUACUUGGCGGUUAACUUGUUCAAGAUUGUAUCCAUCCCAUCUGCAAUAGACAACCUCUCAAGGUUACAGACAUUUCUGGUGAAAGGAGACUGUCAUCAUGUUGCGUUGCCUAAUACUAUCUGGAACGUUAAGACACUAAGACAUCUAGAGAUAACAGGGUACUUGCAGCUUGGUUUUAUUUUACCCACUGUCGACGUUGAAGACUCCCCGGAUCUAGAUCAUUUAGACACUUUCAGCCUCGCAAUUGACAGUUAUGGUGGACGCUUGCAGAAUAAACUACAAAAAUUACCAAGCAUCCGCAAGCUGAAAUGCGUGAACACUUUAUGUCUUGGAAAUCGCAGUCAGAUUCUCAAGCUGGACAGUUUGAGUCGACUAGAAACACUUAAACUGCAUCUCUUUGGCGGCUGCAAGUUUGAAUUCCCAACGAACUUGAAAAAGCUCACUCUCUCAGGCAAUGAAUGUCCGUCGAGUGAAAUUUCAAGAAUUGGAAAGCUGCCCAAUCUUGAAGUGCUUAAAUUAUCCUAUCGAUCCUUCGAGGAGGCAAAAUGGGAAAUGCAUGACGGGGAAUUCUCUAACCUGCGAUUCCUGAAAUUGUCAAUCGCGAGUCUUCGCAGUUGGACUGCCUAUAAUUCUGAUAAUUUUUCUCGUCUUGAGAAAUUGGUUUUGUUUAAGUGUUGGCGGCUAGAAGAGGUUCCUCUUUGUUUAGGGGAAAGUCCUGCCAUUGAAAUGAUUGAGGUGCAAUUUUGCCCUUUCAUCAUAAGUUCUGUGAGACAAAUUCAGCAAGUGCAGAUGGACAUGGGAAACCAAGAUCUAAAGAUCGUUAUCUGAUUGACCAUAAAACGAACCCGUCGGGGCUAUAAAUUAAUAUUUCCUGCAGGUCUUUGUGCAUAAAUUGAAGGGUCCAGACAUCACCGAGCUAGUUUCAAUUCUCCAAGUAAUUCUUAAUUUCUAAUCAUUGCCCAGGAAUCUUCAUAAUUCUACAUGAUUCUAUGCAGAAUUAUGUAUACCUUUCUAGGUUUUGAACGCAAAUCUUGUGUGUUCUUCUGGCUGUUUUUUGUUUAAAGAAAAAAGGGUUUUGAUUUGAAUAGUCGUUAGAAAUUGUUGGCAGUUGUAAAUAAUUUUUCCCAACCUAUACAGGCAGAGAAACUCUUCUAAUUCAUUGACAUAUUCAUUACUA